GGUGGGGGAGGGGAGCGGGGGGGGGAAGAGAUGUACAAGAACCAGCUGCAGGAGCUGGCGCAGCGGAGCUGCUUCAACCUGCCGUCGUACACCUGCAUCCGGGAGGGCCCCGACCACGCGCCGCGCUUCAAGGCCACCGUGAACUUCAACGGCGAGGUGUUCGAGAGCCCCAGCUUCUGCACCACCCUGCGCCAGGCCGAGCACUCCGCCGCCGAGGUCGCCCUCUGCGCCCUCUCCCACCGCGGCCCCUCCCACUCCCUCGCCGCUCGAAUCCUGGAUGAAACAGGGGUCUACAAGAAUCUGCUACAGGAAGUAGCCCAAAGAGUUGGAGCUCCAUUGCCAUCGUACACAACUGUACGCUCUGGCCUUGGUCACCUUCCUGUAUUCACAUGCACGGUGGAGCUAGCAGGAAUCACUUUUACCGGUGAACCGGCAAAGAAUAAGAAGCAAGCAGAGAAGAAUGCCGCCAUGGCCGCAUGGUCUUCAUUAAAACAAUUGGCACAGCAAGCAGCGAGCUCAUCAUCUGAACUGGAGAACAACGACGAGCAGGAGCAGAUCAAGAUAGCCCGUGCGCUACUCAACUAUCGGCUCAAGGAAAAGAUGGCGAUGGCCGCCCAUAACCCUCACAUCUCACCAUUCCCCAAGAAGUUCCCACAAAUCCCAGAUAAUCAUAGAAGACCUCCAGCAAUUCAACCUCAACCCUCCUUGUGCUCAAAAAUUCUCCCGCUGAUCCGACCGAAAUCUAAUCCGAGAGCCCGACCUGUUUCCCCUGGUUUUAUACCAGAUAAUAGUACAUUACCGCACAAGUUCCCUGCUGCCGGAGCUGCACCUUAUGUUCCUAUUAGGCAGUUGGGGAUGACUUGCCAUGGAAUGGCUCCGCCGGUGACAAUAAGGACAGCUGUGCCGGUGUUCUCAGCUCCGCCUCUUCCGCCACCGCCAGUGGCCAUUAUGGGCCGCCCGCCAAUUCGGAUGGCGUCACCUGUUCGUAUCAGGCCUGCUGUUCCAGUGUUUGCCGCUAGGCCUCCCGUAUCGGCCAUGAGUUCUGUCAUUCCUGUUCAGGUAAAGGAUGUCCGUGCACCAGUUAAGGAAGUGCUGCCGGCUGCCUCCGCCGCCCCUCCUCUGAAGGAGACCGACGGAAACGCCAACUGUAGUGCAGACACUGUUGCGAAAAGUCCCGACAAAAGUAUAGUAGUAGAGGGGUUGAAGCAACUUGAGAUCAAGUGAGUAUGGUCUUUCCCUUUUUUUGUUUACAUUGCUCUUUCGCUGUUGUCUAUGCUUCUAGUCUCUUUCAUUUUGUAGUUCUUCUAAAUAGCAGUUUAGGGUUUUUGGGCAGGCUACAUUGUAAUAUGAACUUCUUAGCUUUUCAGAAGCAAAAUCUCAGAAACAGCAGAUCAUUUGCCCAUAUGAUGCUAGUCCUUUGUAGCUCCACUCUCCUUUUUUCCGCGCUACUACUAAGGGUAGUCGAUGUUUGCGGGGGAAUAACUAUUUAAUCCUCCUCUUGAGUUCAUUCUAC